GCUAACGUACUACGCAUGCGCACUCUCAGAACGCAGCGCAGCCUAGCUUAGCGCUCUAGCUACACCAAUAAUGUCUAUCCUCCGCCCCCGCUUCUUUGUAGUGACAACAUGGCCCCACCUAAUUAGCAUGAGCCUCGUUUUGUCCCGGCGGUUGUGUGGCUGACGAGUGCAUCCGAUUGUGCCGAACUAGCUACCUAGAUGGAUGUGUGGCAAGUAUUGUGCGUAUUUUGGGCUUUCACGGAGAUAGCUUUGGCCAGGAAAUACUUUUCGAGUAUCAAAGCUGGUAUGGUCUAUCGUGCUAAUGGUAAUCAUUAUCUGCAAUACUGAAAUAACCCUUGCCGCAGAGAUCCUUGGGUACGAGAUAGUGGUCCCACAGGUAGAAUGGAUCUCACCACAACCCCCCCAGACACUGUCGGUGAAUCUCAACACUACGGCUUUUCAUUAUAACCUCCAGCUAUACCUCAAUGAAGGUCUGCUGUCUGCUUCAUUUUUGUCAAGAUUUCAGAGCAGCAUGGGACAUGAAGCUGUAAAGGAUCAUGAUCACUGUUUCUACCAUGGCAAAGUUACAGGAGAACCUGAAUGGACAGUAGUUUUCAGCACUUGCCUUGGACUGAGGUGUAUAUUCCAAACAUUUAUAUUAGCAGGAUCCACGAUCUAGGACAACACUAAUACUUCAGUGCAUUGAGUGUCUGUUAAAGGUAAAGAGGACAAGAAUAAUGGAGAUUUUUUAUGUCAGCCAGAGAUUGUUUGUUUUUCCCUCCUCAUUCUGUUUGCUGCGUGUAUGCACCUGUGUUUACUUGCGUGUGUUUCUCUGUUGACCUGUUGACAGGGGAUCAUUUGGGCCACGUGGUGAUCCUAAGCUACGGUACCACAUUGAACCUCUUCAUUACCAUAUGGGAUCACCUAAAUUAACACAGCCUCAUGUCUUGUAUCAUGGAUCACAGUAUAACGCCAAAAAUGGCACUUGUGGAACUAAAGGACACCUGCAACGGAGUGGGAGGCAUCAUCAUGUGAAGUUGGUGGAAAAACAGCGAGUUCGACGACAAGGACGUUUUCCUCUAGUUGAGUGGACUUUAGUUAAUGAUCACGCACAGUAUUUAUACUUUCAAAGAAACCUCACUCUUGUGGUUCUCAGAGCUAUUGAAAUAGCCAAUGGAGUAGAUGACAUAUUCAAAGUUCAAGGGGUAAGGAUAGUGGUGGUUGAUGUUGUUACCUGGACUGUGGGAGACCCUAUAACCAUUACCAAAAAGGCUGGGGAUUUUCUUAACAACUUCCGGGACUACUCUCCAAAUCUGCCUCAACACUAUGAUAGUGCCAUGCUCUUCACUGGAAUGCGAUUUGAAGGAAGUACCAUUGGUAUAGCGUUUACUGCCACAAUAUGUGAAACACCCAAAAGUGCUGUGGGAUUGGUGUAUGAUGGUGGUGAGGAAUUAGAUCGACUUAUUAGUACUACUGCACAUGAGCUUGGCCACAUCUUCGGCAUGGAUCAUGAUGACACUGAAACUUGCUUGUGUGAAGGAGAACCAUCUGGUGUCUGUGUCAUGAAUGCUACUUUGGGAAAUCCAGCUCCUAAAACAUUGAGCUCAUGUAGUGUGGCAACCCUACGCACUAACAUAGCAGGAGACCUAGGCCGUUGUCUUGACAAUGAGCCAGGCAAAACUAUUACAGACCCUGCCUGCGGAAAUGGAAUACAGGAGGAGGGAGAAGCAUGUGACUGUGGAUCUGCUACUGAAUGUAUUGAUCCAUGCUGCAAUGCUACAUCAUGUCAACUUGUGGCAGGGGCAGAAUGUCGAGCAGGCCCGUGUUGUGAAAUAAAUUGUCGGUUCAAAACUUAUGGUUCAGUGUGCAGACCAUUGAAAAAUGAUUGUGAUAUAGAGGAGUACUGUACUGGGCAUCAUUCAGAAUGCCCUGGGGAUUUCUUCCUUCAAGAUCUUACUUCGUGCAAGAGCAACAAUUCUUACUGCUACUCAGGAGUGUGCCAGACUAGGGAUGGACAGUGCCAGUACCACUUUGGAACCAAUGAUGCUAUAGAUGAGUGUUAUACCUUAUUGAACACUAGAGGAAGUGAGAGUGGUCACUGUGGAUUUGAUGGAACACAAUAUAAACCCUGCCUUGAGCGGAAUGCAUUUUGUGGACAACUACAGUGUGAGGAUGGUGGAAUCUUACAAACAACCGCUGGAGACCAUAAAAGAACCAGGCUACCUUCUUCUUCAUUCAUUUGCAACUCUGUUACUACUACAGCAGGCAGUGAUGAGAUCAGUCCUGGACUGGUCCGGGAUGGCACUAAAUGUGGAGAUGAAAGAGUAUGCUUAUAUGCAGAGUGUGUAAAUGUUACAUCAGUUGAUAUUCCUCCUUGCCCAGUGGACAGCAUCAAUGUUAAAGUCUGCAGUGGAAGAGGGAGAUGUAAUAAUGACAACCAAUGUUCUUGCUCAGUGGGCUAUACGGGAUCAGUUUGUGCAGCAGUUGUAGGUGCUGAACAUCACAGUAGAGUUAACGGAGGAAUCAUAGCUGCAGCGGUGAUUGGAACAGUUGUCAUGGUGUUCAUCAUUGUGAUUAUUGCUGUUUUCAUAAUAUACCUUGUCUUACACUCCAAAUCAUUAUCCUUCUCAACAGCGGAAAAAAGAACACCUGAAAGAAGCCCUGAACCUGCAAAUGCCCAAUCUCAAGUACAGCCCAGUGUUAAACAUAUCCCCACCAGACCUGCACCAUCGGCUCCAGCUAAUCCAAAUGUCUCAAGUUCAUCGAAGUCAUUUAUCCCUACACGACCACCUCCACCUCAUACUAAACCAAUUCCACCACCUCGACCCUCCGUCUCAACUUCAAAGACAAGUGAACUCAGUCAUGAUAAACCAAUAGAAAAAAGGUUCACCAGGACAUAAUCAACGAUGUGAAGGACUGCUGGAGUUUCAUUAACCUAUGUUAUAUUCACUUCUAAGUUUUAAUGGUGACUUAUUUAAUUGGCGAGUGAAGCCAACCUAUUCGUUUGAAUGUGGGGAGUUUUUUCUAUAUUAAUAUGUGACGGCUCUGUUGAUAUUGUAAAAAGAG